UGUGUGUUUCAGGGCAUCCAUGGAUACUUUUUUACACUGACCGGACGCUCAAGACAAUGUGUAUCAAGUCGAAGCACAAGGGUCAAUCAGGAUCUCCUCCCGGCCUUCAACUUCGCAGUCCGAUAAAGAAAACCGACGUAAACAGAGCUAACAGAGAGAAGAAGACAACAUAUGAUGAUUCACCGACUGAUUCAUUCUCCAACACAGGGGAGGAGGAAGAAGAUGAAAGCGGUGUGGUCGAUGUGCUUGUGGUUGCAAUCUCCAACGUGAGGAUCUCAGAACCAAAGAGAAGCAGACUCUGUAGUCCCACGAACAGCCCCAUUGAGCAGCAACACUCUUCUAACUUGACCACGACUACUAAUACACUCUGUCGAGCCUUCUGACAAAACCAGUUUCACACACUCGUCCAAGUCUCCAAGUCACACGGGUUUGUCCCUGAUAUGAUGAUCUUAGUGACUCAUUAUAUCUCAUAUAAAUUGUAAUAGCUCUCUCUAAUAGUUUGGAUAUGAUCUGAUUCUGGUUUUUCCUUCUACGUUUUCUGACUUUGUUGUACAGAUCUUCGUGUAAAUAGAACACGCCAUAAGUGUUUGAUCCGUU